GUUCCCUUUCUUUUUACACGCUCCCAGCGGCGUACCUGUAAAGCUCUUCCUCUUCAUCCUCCCGUUUCUUAACAACCCCCAGCAACACACUCCCAGCACCUCCUCGACCAUGUCUCUGGAAUAUUACACCACUUACGCAUCGCCGCCCCCAUCAAUACUUGAACCUGACGAGGACUUCGCUCCUCCAGAAUACACUCCGUCGUCGGAUUCACCAGUCUACUCUGCUGAACCCGGUCCAAGCGAAGAGCGUUUGGCCCUCACGUCGCGUCGUUCGGCUCGUCGACCACCGCCAACGACCGCUCUCACGCGAAGCAACAGCGCUAUUUCCGUAGCCCUCUUAGGUCAAGAAGCUGGAGCAUCAGCUCCUAUAUACGGGAGUCAGGCCACGAUCUGUGGAGACAUUGGUCUCAAAGACGCUCAUGCUAUCCAAGAAGUCCGUGUAAAGGUCAAGGGGACGCUGGAGCUCACAGGGAGCGAUAACACCGGCUACAACACCACCUUUUUCGAGGACAUCCACACGUUAUGGACGGCCGAUGAUACGUCCUCGCCGUCGGCUUCAUGUCCGACUAUCGUUCCGUUCGAAAUCACCCUUCCUGCAACAUGUCGCGACAACAACACGCGCCCUCUGCCGCCGUCGUUCGACCUCAAACAGUCAGGCUUCCCGAGCCUCCAUGUGGACUGCAGCUACACUAUCACGGUGUCUACAACACAGACGCGAAGCCUCAAGCAGUGGCGGACACACAAAAAACUGACCGUGCCGUUUAUCUACAAACCAAGGACGCGCCCACAUCAGCCUAUCUUGCCGUCUUCGCUCCCGUUUCUUCCGAGCAUCAAAAGCCUCCCUGAGGAGUGGCAUCAAACCACAUCGACCAUGGGGACGUACCUGAGAGCGACAAUUGAGCCCAUAGAUUCUCUUUUUUUCAUCCCUUCGGCACAGAUUUACAGUCUCAGCGACACCAUCCCUUUUUACGUCCAGCUACAAGCGCCUUCCGAGUCCCUUCAUCACUUCCUUCAACCUUCGUCCUCUUCGUCACUUUCCUCAAAACUCACGCGUAGAUCAUCGCACCAGUCCACCGAUCCACACACACAACCCAUAGUCCGCGUGAUUCUGCAGCGGCAUGUGAUCGGCAUCAUCGACAGUGUGCGGAUAACGAGGACCUUCACAAUCGGUGAGGCCACGAUCCGUGUGCUGCCCUCCGAUACGUCCAGCAGGGCGAACGUGCUCAGGAGGCCGGACGAUGGGAAGGAAACACUCGAUUACCAGGGAGAAAUCAAGUGCAUCGAUAGCAUGACCGUCGGUGGGUUCACUGCAGAGCGCCUCGUAGUGAAGGAUUUCAUAAUGCUGCAACUCGUCCCUGCCAACCAUGUCAAGUCUGACUUAAAAGAACACCAGGUGCUGGUACCAAUACGUCUUGUAACGGACCCCUUCGCGGAACCUUCCACCCGCGAACUGGACGACUCCAUAAUAUCAUAGCGACAACCUGAUUCUUAUUUUCCUACUUUCCCCUCUCACGACCGUAGUCUAUCAUUAUUAUUGUGCCUACUUUAAAAAGAGCUAAGAGCUCUUUUUAAAGUAGUCGGAUCGUCGUGGCAGCAUGGCAUCUAACAUAUCCUCGGUCUAUUAUAUUAUGUAUCCGCAUCGCUCGUUUCUAUGUCUCUGGGCUCGCUGCAUCAUCACUCAUGUAUACCCCACAUGCUUUUCUCACUCUUCUGGCACUUCUACGCACGUACAUCAUGAUCUAUCUCUCUCCCAAAUUUUUUAUUCCUUCUCUCCCCAUGAACUAUGAAGAAGCCUGCUAAGCCCGCAUGCCAUGUUACC